CUCGCCCUAAGCGGCCUCUACUUCCGGGUCAGAGCUCAGAUUUAACGGGUAGAGAGCAACCCACCAGAACAGGCGUGAGUAAUAGAAAUAGGAUAACGUCGUUUUUCUUAAAGAGACAGGCUCAAGGCAAUUGGAGUCAAUCCAGCGGCUGUGAGGGCGAUUUAGCUAUUCUGCAUCCAAUCACCGGGCGAUAUUCUGGAAGACAGGCUCGGGUUUCAGCCCACUGAGGAAGAGACAUGAAGAAGCGGAUUGUUUCCCAGGUGAGGAGAAGAGGACAGCCUUAGACAACCUGUUGCAAACGCUUAAGGCGCGGCCAGUCUCGUCCUCUAAUCUUGCCCACUCCCAUCCCAAGCUUCACAAAGCAGAGCUUCUGGUCUCUGUUUCAGCUAUGAAAGGAAUGAGGCGAAGAGAAGAUGAGUCACACAGUGCUUCAACUUCGGAGCCAGGACUAGACUCGGGUUUGCCCCGCUCUCUGGCCAGGUUCUUUACCCCGUCUUGCUGAUGCGGAUGGCAAGGGGAUGGCCUGUCCUUAGCGAAGACCAACCUAGACCGUGAGCCUUCUGCGAUGGGCGGUCGGGACUACCCAUCGCCUCAUUGCCCGCCUACCCGGGAACUCCCGGGACCUGCAGCGGCAGUCUCUGGGAGGGGAGCAGGGCUACCCGUCCGCGUCAUCUGAUGCUGUUUCCUGCAGGAGGGAGAAGAGCGGAAAAAAGUGAAACUCCACCCUCCACCUCUGCCUCCCGCCCCCGGGGCCAAAGUACAAAGGGAGGAGGAAGAAGGGAACGGGGUUGGAGCCGUCGGGCUGAGAGAGCCGGGCUGGGAAGCGGCAGCUCUGCCCAACUAGGGACACUCCAGCCAUCCUCUGCGCAAAGAGACCCAGCCGGAGUCCAGGCGCUGCCCUUUGCUGGCCACACCUUGCGCCUGGCAAGUGCCCGAGCCAGCCUCCCAGGACUGCUCCGGGACUGAGGGACUUUCGGGCCCCUCCAAGCUGGCCAUGGUGAGACGCCGGAGGCCCCGGGGUCCCAUCCCCAGAGCCUGACCACACUACCCUGGGCAGCCCUCUAGAAGCCCGAGAUGCCGGGGGCCGGGAGGCAAUACUCCUGGCUCCCCAGAGAGGUUUGGGUCUGGGGCUGAGGGCCAGGGCCCGGAUGCCCAGGUUCCGGGACUAGGGCCUUGGCAGCCAGCAGGGGUGGGGACCAGGGGCACCCAGGGAAGGAACCCCACUUGCCACAAUAUUGGCUGACAGCCAUGGAGCCCUUGAAGAACCUCUUUCUCAAGAGCCCUCUGGGGUCAUGGAACGGCAGUGGCAGUGGGGGCGGUGGGGGCGGUGGCGGAGGUUGGCCAGAGGGGUCCCCGAAGACAGCGGCUUAUGCCAACCCGGUUUGGACAGCCCUGUUUGACUACGAACCCAAUGGGCAGGACGAACUGGCCCUGAGGAAGGGCGACCGUGUGGAGGUGCUGUCCCGGGACGCAGCUAUCUCGGGCGAUGAGGGCUGGUGGGCGGGCCAGGUGGGCGGCCAGGUGGGCAUCUUUCCAUCCAACUAUGUGUCUCGGGGCGGUGGCCCGCCCCCCUGCGAGGUGGCCAGCUUCCAAGAGCUGCGGCUGGAGGAGGUGAUCGGCAUCGGCGGCUUCGGCAAGGUCUACCGCGGCAGCUGGCGAGGCGAACUGGUGGCUGUGAAGGCAGCCCGCCAGGACCCCGAUGAGGACAUCAGUGUGACAGCUGAGAGCGUGCGUCAGGAGGCCCGGCUUUUCGCCAUGCUGGCACACCCCAACAUCAUCGCCCUCAAGGCUGUGUGCCUGGAGGAGCCCAACCUGUGCUUGGUGAUGGAGUAUGCAGCCGGUGGGCCCCUCAGCCGCGCCCUGGCUGGGCGGCGUGUGCCCCCCCACGUGCUGGUCAACUGGGCUGUGCAGAUUGCCCGUGGGAUGCACUACCUGCACUGUGAGGCCCUGGUGCCCGUCAUCCACCGAGAUCUCAAGUCCAACAACAUUCUGCUGCUGCAGCCCAUUGAAGGCGAUGACAUGGACCACAAGACCCUGAAGAUCACCGACUUUGGCCUGGCCCGAGAGUGGCACAAAACCACACAAAUGAGUGCUGCGGGCACCUAUGCCUGGAUGGCUCCUGAGGUUAUCAAGGCCUCCACUUUCUCUAAGGGCAGCGAUGUCUGGAGUUUUGGGGUGCUGCUGUGGGAGUUGCUGACUGGGGAGGUGCCCUACCGUGGUAUCGACUGCCUUGCCGUAGCCUACGGAGUAGCUGUCAACAAGCUCACACUGCCCAUCCCAUCCACCUGCCCCGAGCCCUUCGCACAGCUCAUGGCAGACUGCUGGGCGCAGGACCCCCACCGCAGGCCCGACUUUGCCUCCAUCCUGCAGCAGUUGGAGGCGCUAGAGGCGCAGGUCCUACGGGAAAUGCCGCGGGACUCCUUCCAUUCCAUGCAGGAAGGCUGGAAGCGUGAGAUCCAAGGCCUUUUCGACGAACUCCGAGCCAAAGAAAAGGAGCUCCUGAGCCGCGAGGAGGAGCUGACCCGCGCGGCGCGUGAGCAGCGGUCACAGGCAGAGCAGCUACGGCGGCGCGAGCACCUGCUGGCUCAGUGGGAGCUGGAGGUGUUCGAGCGCGAGCUGACGCUGCUACUGCAGCAGGUGGACCGGGAGCGGCCGCACGUGCGCCGCCGCCGCGGCACCUUCAAGCGCAGCAAGCUCCGCGCUCGAGACGGCGGCGAGCGCAUCAGCAUGCCCCUCGACUUCAAACACCGCAUCACCGUGCAGGCCUCACCCGGCCUGGACCGGAGGAGAAACGUCUUCGAGGUUGGGGCUGGAGACUCGCCCACCUUCCCCCGGUUCCGGGCCAUCCAGUUGGAGCCUGCUGACCCAGGCCAGGCCUGGGGCCGCCAAUCCCCUAGACGUCUGGAGGACUCCAGCAAUGGAGAGCGGCGAGCAUGCUGGGCCUGGGGCCCCAGCUCCCCGAAGCCUGGGGAAGCCCAGAACGGGAGGAGAAGGUCCCGCUUGGACGAAGCCACGUGGUACCUAGAUUCAGAUGACUCAUCCUCCUUGGGAUCUCCUUCGACACCCCCAAUGCUCAAUGAAAUUACACUGCCCCGAGCGCGCUGUGCUGCAGAGACUGAACUGAGAAUUGGAAGGCCCAGGGGCCAGCUUGGACUCACCUGCUCUAGAAUGUACCAAGCCAGAAGGGCCAAUAGGGAUCUUAAAGUCCUGUCACCCCAGGUGUGUAGGUUGAAGCGGCCCCCACCAUGUUCUGCAGAGUCCCAGCCUUGCUCGUCCUGGGCAAGCAGGAGCAGGGGCACAGGGCCUGAACCCCACCCUUCUCAAGGGGGCUCGGGGCGCGAGCGCGGGGAGCCCCCACCAACCGCCCGCGCCCCGCCGCAGCCUACCCCUGCCGAGCCUCCCUCCUCCCAGCUCAUCCGCUUCUCCCCCAAGAGGCCCGACGCCCCCGCCUCCCCGCCGAGCCCGGACGCCCCCGGCCCGCCCACCCCUGCGCCCCUGCUGCUGGAUCUGGGGGUCCCCGUGGGCCAGCUGUCAGCCAAGAGCCCCCGGCGCCGCGGCGAGGAGAGGCGCGGAAGUGCUGUCUCACCCCCACCGGGGAUAUCACGCUCUGCGCCUGGCACCCCAGGCACCCCACGCUCACCGCCCCUGGGCCUCAUCAGCCGACCUCGACCCUCACCCCUUCGCAGCCGCAUUGACCCGUGGAGCUUCGUGUCAGCCGGGCCACGGCCUUCGCCUUUGUCCUCGCCACAGCCUGCGCCCCGCCGGGCACCCUGGACCUUGUUCCCAGACUCGGACCCCUUCUGGGACUCUCCACCUGCCAACCCCUUCCGGGGGGGCCCUCAGGACUGUAGGGCACAGACCAAAGACAUAGGUGCCCAGGCCCCGUGGGCGCCAGAGGCAGGGCCCUGAGUGGGCCGGGCUGUUGCCCCCGCUCCCGCUGCCCUGCAGGAGCCACCGUAUACACUGGAACAGGAGCUGGGCAAGCCUCUGUCGCUGCCUUGGUUUCCCCCAGGUCCCCACCCCCUCUGGGGGUCAGGAACACUACACUGCACAGGAAGCCUUCACACUGGAUGGGGGGAGCCUGCACCCCCCCACAUGCCUGCAACCUGUGGGUCCCCCGACUUACCUGCCCCUUUGGGGCCCAACACUGUACCCAGCCGGUUGGGAGGACCAGAGCCUGUCUCAGGGAAUCGCCCCCAGGGGUGGUGCAGGAAGGAGGGGACGUACAGGGGAGAGGGGCUGUCACCAGCACUUUUGACCAAGCCCUGCUACUGUGGCCCCUGUCCCGGGGCUUAGUUCCUGGACCCCUGCCCCCCCAGCCCUGGGGGCCAUCUGGGGCCAGGACUCUGGGUGCCUUCCUGCCGCCCCGGCCAGGGUUGGGGCUUCGGCCUCAGGAUCCAAUGAAGCCAAAUAAACUCCCCAAGCUGUCUCCCCCA